CUAAAUCCGGGCUCUGGAGUUAUACGGAGUACGGAUUACACACUAUCAGGUCCGAAAGUACGACGGAUCUAGGAGUAAGGCGAUAUCUAUAAAGACAUGGUACUGCAAGGACAUCGUAACUGAAUCACCCUCAUUUUCACAGAAAUACGGAGAGAAGACAAAACAACAGGGAGGUAAAACGCGACACAGCUCCUCAUCACUCCAAAGAAACAACAACAACCAUGGUCUACACGGUUCAGGGCAAGCAAGUCGGCAACAUUGGCUACGGCCUCAUGGGCCUGACAUUCCGGGCGGACAAGCUCAGCGAGGAGCAGGCCUUUGCCUCCAUCAAGGCCGCCAUCGAGACCGGCUGCAACUACUUCAACGGCGGCGAGUUUUACGGCCCGCCCGACAACAACUCGCUCACCCUCCUCAACAAGUACUUUGCGAAGUACCCGGAGGACAAGGACAAGAUCGUGCUCAACAUCAAGGGCUGCGUCGUCCCGGGCCUCCGCCCCGACGCCUCUCCGGCCGGCGUCAAGACCAGCGUAGAGAACUGUGUCCGCAUGAUCGGCGACAAGGGCCUCAUCCACCAGUUCGAGCCGGCCCGCAAGGACCCCAACGUCGACAUCGAGACGACCGUCGCCGCGCUGAAGGAGCAGGUCGAGGCGGGCAACAUCGGCGGCAUCACGCUCAGCGAGGUCAGCGCCGCCACCCUCCGCCGGGCCGCCAAGGUCGCCAAGAUCGAGGCCGUCGAGGUCGAGCUCUCGCUAUGGUGCACCGAGCCACUCGAGAACGGCCUCGCCCAGGCAUGCGCCGAGCUCGAUAUCCCCAUCCUCGCGUACAGUCCUCUCGGCCGUGGAAUGCUCACCGGCGAGAUCAAGUCCUUUGACGACAUCCCCGAGGGCGACUACCGCCGCAUCAUCCCGCGCUUCCAGCCGGACGUGUUCGAGACCAACCUGCGCCUGGUCCGGGAGGUCGAGAAGCUGGCGGCCCGCAAGGGGGUUAAGCCGGGACAGGUGGCCAUUGGCUGGGUGCUGGCACUGAACAAGAGGCCCGGCAUGCCCAGGAUCAUCCCCAUCCCGGGCGCGUCCCGGCCCGAGCGGGUCAGGGAGAACGCGGUCGAGGUGGAGCUGAGCGACGAGGAACUGGCCGAGCUCGACAGGCUCAUCAAGGAGCUGGCCCCCGUCGGCACCCGGUACCCGGAGCACGGGAUGGCGCUGUUGGACACCAAUACUGAAUAACUGUGGCUACUGUGGCUAGUGUAGUAACAUAUAAUCUAGUCGUUAAAUAUAUACUAUGUAUGAGACUCAUGAAAA